AAUCCAGACCAUACCUUCAAGGAGGAGGAAGAAAGGAACAAACCUCACGUGUACACAUAGGCAUACGUACACGCAUAUGUAUUGCGUAGCUGCGGAAUGGCAUUUUUAAAAAAUAAAAUAACAAAUCGGAAACUUCUUUUUUGCGCCUCUCAUGAGGCACAUUUUGCUAUACGCCAUUUUUUUUUUUUUUUUUUAUCAUUCUAUUAACUCGCCCUGGAAAGCUUGCAAACGUACCAAAUGUGCCAACACUUCUUUACCCUCCAAGCUGCAUCCGGAACAACCCCAUUUCUUAAAGGAAGAAACGCGCCAAGUCUUGAGAGAAUACAAAUGACAGGAACAACACAAACGUGUGAAUAAACCAGGGGUCAAUUUUUUUCCAUUUUUAUUCCACCCCCCCUAAUUGUGGAGCAUUGAAAUAUUCGCACAGUUAUGCACACAUUGUCUUUCAACCUGGACUGAAAAAAUUGCCUCUCAAGUAUUGACACUCCCUUGAGUAAUAUCCCCACCCGCUUCUCCUCUCUGCAACAAAAUGGCGAACAUUAAAGAUGCGAAGUAUGACCUGGGGUUAGACAUGACUGUAGAGGACCAGAAAAAAAUAGGAAAAUUCACCAACCUACAUUUUAAACAAUCGGUUUACGAACAAAAGAUAAAAUUAAUGAACGAUAGUAUUUCUAAUAUUGACGCAUCAAUAGACGAAGUUUCUUUGGCGUUCUCUCCUCAAGACGUCAUGUUGGGCAUAGGCGACUGCUUCUUCAGCGUCGACACCGAAUACAUGGAGAAAAAUCUAGAGCAGGUAAAAGCCGAGGAGAAGAAAAAUUUGAAGAAGUUGGAAUCCGAAUAUAAAAAUAUUCUAAGUGAGAAGCAACAAUUGAAAACGGAGUUGUAUGCAAAAUUUGGAAACAGGAUUGACCUCAACUGAGACGUGUUU